AUGGCUGAACAGUUCGAACUGCCAGAGGUCGCGUCGACCGCAGAGGCAACGUCCGAGGCGAGUAUAGCCUCAGUCGCUAGUCUAGCAGAGAUACUCUCGUCGACGGCGGACCCGGCUGCCUCGAAAGUCUCCUUCUCGUCACCCCCAGCAACCGCCUACCUCUCCCACCUCACGACUCUCCCGCUCGACACACUCCUCUCCGAACCCACCACCCUCUCCUCCACCUCCGCCCAGCUGACGAACGCCCUCACCACGCUCUGCAACACCAACUACCGCACCUUCCUCUCCCUGCACCGCACGAACACCACCCUCUCCACCACCCUCGCCUCUGUCACCGCCUCCCUCUCGUCCCUCCUCUCCUCCUCGCUCCCGGAGCUCGAAGCGAGCACGCGUGCGUUCAGUGGCACGAGCAAAGCCGUGCAGGACGAGCGGCGCACAGCCGCCGCCGUGCGCGAGCAGCACGACAAGCUGCGCGACCUGCUCGAGAUCCCCGCGCUCGCCGACGCGUGCGUGCGCGGGGGGCACUUCGCCGAGGCGCUCGCGCUCGCCGCACACACGCGCGCGCUGCCCAACGUCCCCAUUGUCGCGGACGUCCAGGCCGAGGUCGACGCCGCCCUCCGCGGGAUGCUCGCGCAGCUGCUCGCGGCGCUGCGCGAGCAGGCGAAGCUCCCCGCGCUCUUCAAGGCCGCGAGCUUCCUGCGGCGCAUGGGCGUGCUCGCGGAGGACGAGCUCGCGCUCGCGUUCCUCGCGAGCCGCGCGGCGUACCUCGACGCGUCGUUCGCGGCGGUUGAGGCGGCGCGCACGGGCGAGCGGGAGGCGCACGCGCGGUUCCUCAAGCGGUACGUCGACGCGUGGCGCGAGGGCGUGCACGACCUCGUCACGCAGUACACGGCCAUCUUCCUCGAGCGCACGCCGCCGCCGCCGCCCGUCGUGCGCGCGCUCCUGACCACGCUCGCUGCGGGCCUCGUCGAGCGCCUGCUCGACACGCUGCGGAGCAAUGUGCGUUAUCUGCGCGGCGACCCCGCGGCGCUCGCGUCGCUGCUCACGCAGCUGACGUACUGCGCGGCGUCGUUCGCGCGUGUCGGGAUGGACUUUGGCGCGCACCUCGCGCCGAUAUUCUACAACGAGGUCCGGGCGGGCGUGACUGAGGCUUUCAGUGAGGCGUCCGCAUCGUUCGUAGAUGCUAUCAAGAAUACUGGUACCAAGAGCCCUAGCGAGGUCCUAAUUACCCCAUCGUCGGGGUCGAACCCGCCCGUGCCCCCGCGAGACUACUCGGUCGAGUCCUCCCCGCCGCACGUCGCCCCGCACAUCCUGACGUCGUACCCGCCGCUGGCGCUGUACACCAACGCGCUCCUCACGGCGCUGAACGGCCUGCGCCUGCUCGCGCCGCAGGACCUGCUGGGCGACGCCGUGGAGGCGCUGGAUGCGUCGCUCGUGGCGAGCGCCGAGGCGCUUCUCCAAAUUAACGGGGAGGGGGAAGAGAAGGGGUUGGUGGGCGCCGCAAGGCAGGUGUUUGGGACAGUGUUUGUGCCGUUUGUGAGGCGCGCGCUGGUGGAGGGGGUUUAUGGUGUUCGGGUGGAGGGCGCGUGGGUGCCGGGCGGGCGGUUGGGGGAGGUGCUGGAUCGGAUGGGGGAGGCUUAGGCGUCUAGGGAUAUUGACAGGACCUCUCGAAUCCAGCGCGAUACAUGCAGUGACAUUGGUACCACAGCGAAUCCGGAGUGUAUAUACAGCAGGAGUAGCGCUGCAGGGGGGGGACAUUACAGACCCUGG